AUGGGUUCUCCAAACGCUGUUAGUGGUGAUUCCAUUGAAACAUUUUUAUUCACCUCGGAGUCUGUUGGUGAGGGUCAUCCUGAUAAAAUUUGUGAUCAGGUCUCCGACGCAAUUUUGGAUGAAUAUCUAAAACAGGAUCCCAAUUCAAAAGUUGCUUGUGAAACCUUCACAAAGACUGGUAUGGUUCUCAUUGGUGGCGAGAUUUCAUCCAGAGGUACAAUCGACUUCCAAACUGUCAUUCGAAGGGUGAUUGAGCGUAUUGGUUACGACGAUUCUCGCAAGGGAUUCGAUUUUAAAACCUGUAAUGUUCUCACUGCCAUUGAACAGCAGAGUCCCGAUAUCGCCCAAUGCGUACAUGAGGGGAAGACUAUGGAGGAAUUUGGAGCUGGAGAUCAGGGCCUUAUGUUUGGUUAUGCCACUGACGAAACUGAAGAAUGCAUGCCUCUGACGCUAGUUCUCGCUCAUGCUCUUAAUGAAAGACUAGCCAUUUGUCGUCGUGAUGG